AUGAAGAGAGGAUCGGAAUCAAAGCAACAAAAAACCACUGGAUUUAUAAAGAUCAACCUUGCUUAUAUUCUUAAUUCUGAACUUGUUGAAACUGAAUUAAUUGGUUCAAGCUUUGAUUAUGAUCUCUCAAAGACACAUUGGAUGCUUGAUUUGACUACCGAGGUCUGUGAUUACUUUAGAGAUCAUCCAACUUUUCCCUCACCUCAACAAGUAUUUGAGCUUGAACUUCAUAGCCUACCACCUUAUUAUAAAGACUGGUACUACCUAGGCGGAUUAGGCAGGGGUAACUGUUUACCUAAACGGAUUACCAAAAAUUACCUUUGUUGCAGGUUGACUUCUGGACGUGCUUGCGAGAAGUUUGUGUUAAUUUAUGAUGCAAAUCAAUAUUUGACAUCAACAGGCAAGAGAAAUGUUGCAGAUGAGGUCCUGGACUUGCCACGUCAGUCUUCUGCUUGUCCACAAAGCAUGUCACUACGAUCACAUUCUAUGAAAAGAAAAUCUGUUCAUAAGUCUUCAGCUGCUAUUUCUUCGGAUUCAGAAUCCUCAGUAGUUCUGCAAGAAUCAAACAACUCCAACUCAAUUGAUGAUCUUGACUAUACACCUCGUCCAAAAAGAGCCUUGAAUGUAAAACGUCCUAAAUCUAACAUGCAAUCUAUCGAGACUCAGACAUCACCUCCGACUGUACUAUCAAAAGCAACUCAGACCUUCAGCCAAGUCAUUGAUGAUUCGGGUGGUAAAGUUGGAUUUUCCGACUUAGGAAUCAUGCGAUUGCUCGGCAGAGGAACUCUUCCUAUUUUCACAAAGGCUCGGAACCGUUUAAGUCCUAGCUGGAAAUCGGGUUCAAUGCUUACAAUCAUUACAAAGGAUUUGGACUCAAAUAAUAUAAAUCUGCAUGCAAUUGAGCAGCUUACCUUUGAAAAAUCAGAGGUAGUUUAUUCCGUUGAUCGUUCUGCUUUCAUUGGGUCCGGGGCUUUCAUGAAUUGCUAUGAAGCAAAGGUCUUGAUUGAUGGCCGAGCUCAAGAGAUGGUUGCCAAGCAGGAAUUGGAUGCAAAUAUGACUCUUGAAAGCUAUCAAGCUUUGGCUCAGCGCUAUCUUGAAGCAGAAAGAAGCAUCAAUAUGUUCAAGAUGGCAAUUGAGGCCAACUUGGGCAAUAUUCCAUAUGAUCUUGUCAAGAAUUUCAUUGUACAUCAAGGACACACAGAUGAUCCUGGUCCAAAGGAGAUUUAUUUAUUUGAGGAGAAGAUCAAAGGGAAAUUUGUCAAAUUCUUUGGUAAUCUAUUCUUUUCAAUCGAUGAGGAAAAGGAAAACAAGACCAUCUAUCAAAUUAUGCACACGCUAUCACAUAAAACAUAUCAUGACAAUCAUGGUAGAUGGAUGAUUGCAGACCUUCAAGGAAAUGAAGAAGGUCUUCUCACAGACAUUGCGAUCAUUGAUGAAGAAUAUCCGUGGACUAUGGGAAACACCGACCGGCUUGGCCUGAUUGGAUUUUGUCUCACGGCUAAAUGUAACUUUUUGUGUAAAAAACUUGGCCUCCCAGAUCCUCGAAGUGCUAGAUACCCUAAGGUUGUGAAUGGCAUGGUGGUAGCAGGUACGGGGAGUGAGUUCCCUGUGCUUGACUCUGAUGCUGAGCGCUUGUGGGAAUUGCUGUGUGGUGCCCGUACCCUUUCUACAUAA